CUUCGAUAUAGCACCAUCCUCACCAACAAGGUUGUUUCUGUGAUUGGUGUUGGUGUGUUGGUGAGGGCAUUUGUUACUGUUAUACCGGUUGUGUUUCUUAUUUUGCGACUGCCCUUCUGUGGGAAUCAUGUCAUUCCCCAUACCUACUGUGAACACAUGGGUCUGGCUCGUCUGUCUUGUGCCAGCAUCAAGAUCAAUAGUAUUUAUGGCUUAUGUGCAAUUUGUAAUCUAAUAUUCGACAUCAUAGCCAUUGCCCUUUCUUAUGUUCAGAUACUCUGUGCCGUUUUCCGUCUUCCUUCCCGGGAAGCCCGACUCAAGUCCCUCAGCACAUGUGGUUCUCAUGUUUGUGUAAUUCUUGCCUUCUAUACACCAGCCCUCUUUUCCUUUAUGACACAUCGCUUUGGCCAUAACGUCCCCCGCUAUAUCCACAUACUCCUGGCCAAUCUUUAUGUCGUAGUGCCGCCAAUGCUCAACCCCGUCAUUUAUGGCGUCAGAACCAAGCAGAUUUAUGACCUUGUGAAGAAAAUAAUAUUCCAAAAAUAA